AUGGAAACAUUUUUCGCCGGUCUGUUGGUUGUCAUUUUUGGCGUGGGAAAUCAUAUUGUGGGCAUCUAUGGUCAAGAUCACGAAAUUGCUACAUCAGUAUGUGUGGGAUUAGCUCCUGAUAAAACUUAUACUGCAGCGAUUCCUCGCAGGUGUUGGAGUGGAGAGUCUUGUAAUGACAUCUGUCGGUCUGUAUCCAACAUGGACGAGGUUUCGGACGCCUUUACUCCUCAACCGCGAUGUAUUAACGCAUUGCAUAUAUACCCCAAUAAUCGAGGUCCUAAGCACACACCAAACACCAAAUGGAUAAACACCUGGAGAUACGGAUCUCGCGGCUGUGAAGCAACUCACUGUGGGCCAAACUUUUGCUGUUGUUCCCAAUAA